UCUUGCAUGCGGAGAAUGCUACUGGUUCCACGCGCAAAGAACGAGUAACAAGAAAACAUUUAACAUAAACGGGAAAAAAAACAAAAGGCACACACGGCAAAAUAAAAAUAGCGAAAAUCAUGACUAAAGAUUCUAAAAAGCAUGGCAGUGCCAAAGAUGGGGUGUCACAAAAGAAAAAGAGUGAUCAUGAUGAAUAUGUUGAUGAUGAUAUUGUGGUACAAGAAUUCAAAGACACUUUCAAGUCAGAGGGAGAACAUUUAGUAAAAACAGUGUUUCCACAGAAGAUCAUAGAGUUAGAAGAAAUACACAAGAGUUUGAGCCUAUCGAAGUUGUCAGAAGUUCACAGUGACUUGAAUAUACCUGUACCAGAGGCAAUUCAUCUUGACAAUGGAAAUGAUGAGCCAGCAACCAAAAAGAGAAAACAUGACCAUUCAGUACAAGGUAAUCAUUAAGUGUGUGAUUUAACUUUUUGAGUAAAAUGAACCGGUUGC